AUGCCGCCGCUGGGCGACGCCUCAGGGCCUACCAGCCACGACGAAGAGAGGGCGGCAUCAGGCGACGCAAGGCUGACAGCCCCAGACCCUGGAGCUGCCAAGCAAACGUGGGGCGAUGACCGCAUCGCCGCGCGCCAGUCCGCAGCGCAUUCUUCGGCCGCUGGUCGCGGCGCCGCGCUCCAAGUCCCCUCCAAGGACGAGCUGGAAGCCAUUGCUCGUCGUCAGGAUGCGAAGCGCGAGGCCGUGCAGGCAGCAAAGUCGCAGGGCCAACGCGACGAAGAGGAGGCCGCCGCCGCCGCUCUGAUCCAGCGCAACUACAGAGGUUACAAGCAGCGCCGCGAGCUCGCCGGCAUGGGACUGGAUGCGUCGACUCGCUGGGUUGAGGCUUUUAAAGAGGCGCGAUGGAGAAAUGCAACACGACCCAUCUCUCGCAAUGAACGACUCUCGAGCGAUCGGGACAAGCUUAGCCCUGCUGCGAGGUCUCGCGCCGCGUCGGACGCUGCGAAAGAGAACUGGCGUCGCAUUGGCGAAGUAGCACGCCGUGCUGGUGGAGACGAUUCGGAUCAUGGAGACUCGGACACGGACGAGGAGCAACUGUCCCCGGAGGAGCGUGAGCGCCGGCGUGCACGAAAGGCCGAGGCAAAGCGUGAGCGGGAAAGGACAGCGAAGGUGAUGGAUCUGCAGUACUGGCUUGAAAUGGUCGACCAGAAACACCGAUACGGCUCCAACCUCCGCGCUUACCAUACCGAAUGGAAGAGAUCUGGCACACAUGAGAACUUCUUCUACUGGCUGGAUUACGGACAAGGAAAACACUUCGAAGUACCAACAUGCUCGAGAGAGCGAUUGGAGAGGGAACAGGUGCGAUACUUGAAUAGGGAAGAAAGGCAGAAUUAUUUGGUAAAGAUUGAUAAAGAGGGGAGGCUAUGCUGGGCAAAGAAUGGUGAACGAAUCACCACAUCAACGCAGUUCAAGGACAGUGUCAACGGGAUCGUACCCAACGACGACGGCACCCCAGCAUACAACAGGAGCAGUGCAUCCUCCAACAGCAGUUCAUCGAGUGCAAGCUCAGUACUCUCAUCGGGCUCAGUGGAUCCAGAAGCAGAGCACUAUGUGAACCAUGAUCUGGAGCAAGCAAAGGGAAUGAAGAAGAUCAAGCACGUGUCUGCGGCAGCAGUCCUCAACCAUCUUCUGCGUAGGAGCGUUAAGCCCAACAGCUGGAUUUUUGUUGCCGACACUUCCUUCCGCCUUUACGUUGGCAUCAAGCAGUCUGGAGCAUUUCAACACAGCUCGUUUCUCCACGGCGCUCGUAUUUCAGCUGCCGGCCUCAUCAAAAUCAAGGAUGGGCAGCUACGUCGCCUCUCACCUCUUUCCGGUCACUAUCGACCGCCCACUUCCAACUUCCGCGCCUUCGUCCACUCAUUGCGGGAUGCUGGGGUCGACAUGAGCCGCGUAUCCAUAUCCCGCAGUUACGCCAUAUUGGUCGGGCUCGAGGCGUACGUCAAGACGCGCCGGAAACUCAAGCACGGCGCUGAGCACGCAAGUAACGGGAAAGAGAGGGUACUCCAUCCCGAGGAAUUGGCUAAGCGGAAGGAGCAGGAGAAGGAUAAGAGCAAGAGCGCGGAGAGAGAGCGGCAGAUCUUGGCGGAAGCAUCGGCCAAGGAGGAGGAGCGGAAGAGGAGUAAUAGCCUACGGUUGAGGAUUCUGAGGAAACUGGGGGUUGGAGGCGCGGCCAGUGCGCCCAAACGCGAGAGGGCAAAGAAGAGCCGAGGCGAGGCGAGCUCCAGGGACGUGGAAAGCGGUAUCCCACCCGACGGAACGAGAUAG